ACAACAGCAGAACCCAAGAACACCAAAGCCCUGAAAGUUCUUCAUCUGGAAUUUCAGGUUGGAGACACUCGCAGUGGCUUCCAAGCCAGGGACCAAAGCUGUCAAAGCAUGCUGGUGCCAAGCUGUCAGAUGAUGCACAUAGCCAGGCCAAUAGUAGUGCUCCUGUGCUUCCUACUUUGUGCAGAUGCUGAAACACCACCAAAGUUUGCAAGAACACCUGUUGACCAGACAGGGGUCUCUGGAGGAGUCGCGUCAUUCAUCUGCCAAGCUACAGGAGACCCAAGGCCUAAAAUUGUCUGGAACAAGAAGGGCAAAAAAGUCAGCAAUCAGAGAUUUGAGGUAAUAGAGUUUGAUGAUGGGUCUGGAUCAGUUCUCAGAAUACAACCACUGCGGACUCCACGAGAUGAAGCUAUUUAUGAAUGUGUUGCUUCCAACAGUGUUGGAGAAAUAAGUGUGUCCACAAGACUUACUGUAUUGCGUGAGGAUCAAAUUCCACGUGGUUUUCCCACCAUUGAUAUGGGACCACAGUUGAAGGUGGUUGAACGCACUCGAACAGCCACCAUGUUAUGUGCAGCCAGCGGCAAUCCUGAUCCAGAAAUUACAUGGUUCAAAGAUUUUUUACCUGUAGAUACAAGCAACAACAAUGGGCGCAUUAAGCAAUUACGAUCAGGUGCCCUCCAAAUCGAACUGAGUGAAGAAUCUGACCAAGGCAAAUAUGAGUGUGUUGCAACCAACACUGCGGGUACUCGCUAUUCUGCCCCUGCCAAUCUAUAUGUCAGAGUUCGCCGGGUCCCACCAAGAUUCUCAAUCCCACCCACCAACCAUGAAAUUAUGCCUGGAGGAAGCGUUAACAUCACCUGUGUUGCUGUGGGGUCACCAAUGCCAUAUGUGAAAUGGAUGCUGGGGGCUGAAGAUCUGACACCAGAAGAUGAUAUGCCAAUAGGAAGGAAUGUCCUGGAACUCAAUGAUGUUAGGCAGUCUGCUAACUAUACUUGUGUGGCCAUGUCUACUCUUGGUGUUAUAGAAGCAAUAGCACAGAUAACUGUAAAAGCAUUACCCAAACCUCCAGGAACUCCUGUUGUGACCGAAAGCACAGCAACAAGCAUUACGUUGACCUGGGAUUCUGGAAACCCUGAGCCAGUGUCUUACUACAUAAUCCAGCAUAAACCUAAGAGUUCUGAGGAACUAUAUAAAGAAAUUGAUGGAGUAGCCACAACAAGAUAUAGUGUUGCUGGUUUAAGCCCAUAUUCUGAAUAUGAGUUCAGAGUAGUUGCUGUGAAUAACAUUGGAAGGGGUCCACCCAGUGAACCUGUGACGACACGGACCUCGGAGCAAGCACCAUCUAGUGCACCACGUAAUGUACAGGCUCGUAUGUUGAGCUCAACCACCAUUUUAGUGCAGUGGGAAGAACCUGAGGAACCAAAUGGUCAAAUACAAGGCUACAGAGUAUAUUAUACCAUGGAUCCUUCCCAGCAUGUCAACAGCUGGUUAAAACAUAAUGUGGCUGACAGCCAUAUCACCACCAUUGGGAAUCUUGUACCACAGAAAACUUACUCGGUGAAAGUUCUUGCUUUUACCUCAGUUGGAGAUGGACCACUUUCUAGUGAUAUACAAGUCAUCACUCAGACAGGAGUACCAGGACAGCCACUAAACUUCAAAGCUGAACCUGAAUCUGAAACAAGCAUAUUACUUUCUUGGACCCCUCCACGGUCUGAUACAAUCUCCAAUUAUGAUCUUGUUUACAAAGAUGGAGAACAUGGUGAAGAGCAAAGAAUUUCUAUUGAUCCAGCUACAUCUUACCACUUACAAGGCCUAAAACCAAAUAGCUUGUACUACUUUCGUUUGGCCGCGCGUUCUCCACAAGGUCUUGGUGCAUCAACAGCAGAAAUUUCAGCUCGAACAAUGCAGUCAAAGCCAUCAGCUCCUCCUCGAGACAUUAGUUGCAACAGCCCCAGCUCCACUAGUAUUUUGGUAAGUUGGCAGCCUCCUCCAGUGGAAAAACAGAAUGGAAUUAUCACUUCCUAUUCCAUCAAGUACACUGGAACUGAUGGAGAAGAUGACAAGCCCCAUGAAAUUUUGGGAAUUACUCCGGAUACUACACAGUACCUUUUGGAACAGUUGGAAAAAUGGACUGAAUAUCGCAUUUCUGUGGCAGCCCACACUGAUGUCGGACCUGGCCCAGAGAGUGAAUCCGUAUUUAUUCGGACAGAUGAAGAUGUUCCUAGUGGUCCUCCUCGCAAAGUCGAGGUUGAGGCUGUCAACUCUACAUCUGUUAAAGUGUCAUGGCGUUCUCCAGUGCCCAAUAAACAGCAUGGCCAAAUCCGAGGUUACCAGGUGCAUUAUGUGAAGAUGGAAAAUGGAGAGCCUAGGGGCCAACCCAUGCUGAAGGAUAUCAUGUUGGCUGAUGCACAGUGGGAAUAUGAUGAUACUACUGAACAUGAGAUGAUCAUAGCUGGAUUACAGCCAGAGACAACAUAUUCCCUGACUGUGACAGCCUAUACAACCAAAGGAGAUGGAGCACGGAGCAAACCUAGAUUAGUAUCUACUACUGGUGCAGUUCCAGGAAAACCUCGGCUUGUAAUUAGCCACACACAAAUGAGUACAGCUCUAAUACAGUGGCACCCACCUGUUGAUACCUAUGGCCCCCUGCAAGGGUACCGCCUGAGGUUUGGCCGCAAAGACAUGGAUGCAUUUACAACACGGGAUUUUACUGAUAAAGAUGACCACUACACGGCUACUGAUAUUCAUAAAGGGACUUCUUACAUCUUCAGGCUUUCAGCUAGAAAUAAAGUGGGCUUUGGGGAAGAGAUGGUGAAGGAAAUUUUGAUUCCAGAAGACCUACCAAGUGGAUUUCCUCAAAAUCUACAUUCAGAAAGUGCCACUUCAACUUCCAUCCAACUAACUUGGCAACCACCCAUUUUAUCCGAGAGAAAUGGUAUUAUCACCAAAUACACUCUACAGUACAGAGAUAUCAAUUUGGCACAUCAACAAACAGAGAUCCCUGUUGUUCCUGUUGAUACUAUUAUGACACUUUCAGGCUUAAAACCAGAUACCACAUAUGAUGUAAAAAUACGUGCACAUACAAGCAAAGGGCCAGGUCCAUAUAGUCCCAGUAUCCAGUUUAGGACAUUACCUGUGGAUCAAGCAGUGUUUGCAAAAAAUUUUCAUGUCAAAGCGGUAAUGAAGACAUCAGUACUUCUCUCUUGGGAUAUACCAGAGAAUUACAACUCUGCCCUGCCUUUCAAAAUUCUUUAUGAUGAUGGGAAAAAGGCAGCUGAAGUGGAUGGCCGAGCCACACAGAAACUGAUCACCAACCUGAAGCCUGAGACAUCCUAUUCAUUUGUGCUAACCAAUAGAGGAAAUAGUGCUGGAGGUCUGCAACACAGGGUGACAGCAAAGACAGCGCCAGAUGUACUACGCACCCAACCACUUUUCAUUGAUAAGACCAAUCUAGAUGGAAUGAUAACAGUGAAACUACCAGAAGUACCUGCAAACAAAACUAUAAAAGGUUACUAUAUAGUAAUUGUGCCUUUGAUAAAGAAAUCAGAUGGAAAAUUCAUGAAACCACGCGAGAGCCCAGAUGAAAUGGAAUUAGAUGAGCUACUGAAAGAGAUAGCACGAAAACGCAGAAGCAUUCGUUUGGGAAGAGAAGCAGAUUUAAAGCCAUAUAUUGCAGCACACUUUGACGUUCUUCCUACUGAGUUCACCCUGGGGGAUAAGAAACAGUAUGGUGGUUUUGAGAACAAGCAGCUCCAAAAUGGCCAAGAAUAUGUUGUCUUUAUUUUAGCAGUUAUGGAACACUCAGAAUCAACCAUGUAUGCAACCAGCCCAUAUUCUGAAACAGUUGUGUCCGUGGAUCUUAAUCCGCAGCCAAUUACGGAAGAGGAAGAAGGCUUGAUUUGGGUUGUAGGACCAGUCCUUGCAGUUGUAUUUAUCAUCUGUAUUGUUAUAGCUAUUCUACUAUAUAAAAGGAAAAGGGCGGACACGGACUCUAGAAAGAACAGUAUCCCCAACAGUAAAGAAGUUCCUUCACAUCAUCCCACAGAUCCCGUAGAGCUACGACGCCUUAAUUUUCAAACUCCAGGUAUGGCUAGCCACCCACCAAUACCUAUUUUGGAACUUGCAGAUCACAUUGAAAGGCUGAAGGCAAAUGACAACUUGAAAUUUUCCCAAGAAUAUGAGUCAAUCGACCCAGGUCAGCAAUUUACGUGGGAACACUCUAACCUGGAAGUAAAUAAACCAAAGAACAGAUAUGCAAAUGUUAUUGCUUAUGACCAUUCUCGAGUUCUCCUAUCAGCAAUAGAAGGCAUACCUGGCAGUGAUUACAUAAAUGCUAACUACAUAGAUGGUUACAGAAAGCAGAAUGCUUACAUUGCAACCCAAGGCGCUCUUCCUGAAACUUUUGGAGAAUUUUGGAGAAUGAUGUGGGAACAAAGGGGUGCAACUGUAGUCAUGAUGACCAAACUGGAGGAAAGAUCUAGGGUUAAAUGUGAUCAGUAUUGGCCAAGCAGAGGAACAGAAACAUACGGAUUGAUCCAAGUCACAUUGCUGGACACUGUAGAAUUGGCAACUUACUGCGUUAGAACAUUUGCACUUUAUAAGAAUGGAUCGAGUGAGAAGAGAGAAGUUAGGCAAUUCCAGUUCACUGCAUGGCCAGAUCAUGGAGUUCCAGAACACCCAACACCAUUCCUAGCUUUCUUACGACGAGUCAAAACCUGUAAUCCUCCUGAUGCUGGACCAAUGGUUGUUCACUGCAGUGCUGGAGUUGGCAGGACCGGCUGUUUCAUUGUAAUAGAUGCCAUGCUAGAGAGAAUAAAACAUGAAAAGACUGUAGAUAUUUAUGGCCAUGUAACUCUAAUGAGAGCCCAGAGAAAUUACAUGGUUCAAACGGAGGACCAAUACAUCUUUAUCCAUGAUGCACUGCUUGAAGCAGUGACAUGUGGAAAUACCGAAGUGCCAGCCAGAAACCUGUAUGCAUAUAUUCAGAAGCUGACACAGAUAGAAGCAGGAGAGAAUGUCACAGGAAUGGAAUUGGAAUUUAAGCGGCUAGCCAGCUCUAAAGCUCAUACGUCAAGAUUUAUCAGUGCCAAUCUUCCAUGUAAUAAAUUUAAAAAUCGCCUUGUUAAUAUUAUGCCAUAUGAAUCCACAAGGAUAUGUUUGCAACCUAUCAGAGGGGUAGAAGGCUCUGAUUAUAUCAAUGCCAGUUUUAUCGAUGGAUACAGGCAACAAAAAGCCUAUGUAGCUACACAGGGACCUUUGGCAGAAACAACAGAAGAUUUCUGGAGAAUGCUUUGGGAGCACAAUUCAACCAUCAUAGUCAUGCUUACUAAGCUACGAGAAAUGGGCAGAGAAAAAUGCCACCAGUAUUGGCCAGCAGAGCGCUCAGCCAGGUAUCAAUACUUUGUGGUCGAUCCUAUGGCAGAGUAUAAUAUGCCACAAUACAUCCUAAGAGAAUUCAAGGUCACAGAUGCCAGGGAUGGCCAGUCCCGAACAGUGCGGCAAUUCCAGUUCACUGACUGGCCUGAACAAGGAGUGCCAAAAUCGGGAGAAGGGUUUAUAGACUUCAUCGGCCAAGUUCAUAAAACAAAAGAGCAGUUUGGACAAGAUGGGCCAAUUUCGGUUCAUUGUAGUGCGGGUGUUGGAAGGACUGGAGUGUUCAUAACCCUAAGCAUAGUGUUGGAAAGAAUGAGAUAUGAAGGUGUUGUAGAUAUUUUCCAGACUGUCAAAAUGUUAAGGACGCAGCGGCCAGCCAUGGUACAAACAGAGGAUCAGUAUCAGUUCUGCUAUCGAGCUGCACUAGAAUAUCUGGGCAGCUUUGACCACUAUGCAACGUAAAAACAAAUGGAAAAACGCUGACCCAUCCUGGAUUGUUAACUGCAGGCCCUUUAAGAUCCAGAGAGCCUCUUCUGAGCCAUACAGUGUGCUUGAGAAGUACUUAACUUUUAAUUAAAGACCAAUUAGUGGGAAAUAUUAACAGGAAAAAAAAAACUGCCGGGUGAACCAACAAUUUGCUCAUUGGUAAACUUAACCAGAAACAUAAUUAAAUAAACUUGACUGGGUUGAGGCACCUGAAGGAUUUCAGUUUACAGAUAUCUCAAGGAUUCAGUUUUGAUUGAAACGAAAAGGAAGAGACAUUCCUGCCAAGUACGAUCAUCUCGUUCAGGACUGCAUGAAAGUGAACAAUGCCAAUCUUAGGAGUUCUGCAAUUCAGCGCAAGGUGUUCGUCAGGAGGCCCGUCCCCGGCUCUCCAGAACAAAACCACCUCUUUGUUUCAGCAUCUCCCCUUCUCACCAUGAUGCUCAUCAAUAACAUUUGGGGAUGGGAGGGAAAAGGGCAAAUGUUUAAAAAGAAAGUCCUUGAUUUAGUUUUCUAGUAUUGUAAAGAUACUGCUGACCUGUGCUUCAUUUUUAACUGUGUAAACUUUUUCCUUUUUUUUUAAACGAAGGUUUAUCAUUCAAUGAAGUGAAACAAUUUUUUUGUUCGUUUGUUUCUGAAUUGUAGUUUUUUUUACGCUGUAGAACUGUUACCUGUAAUAUCUCGCUGUAGAAAUGUUAAAUAAUUUUGAAAAUUUGCACAUUUUUGUGCAACCCUAUAUUUAUCUCCAGGACCACAUUCUCAUUUAGAUAUUGCUUUUACAUUUGAUUUUUUUUCAAUGAAAUAUAAAUCAGUUAAUCUACAUAUGGAAGAUUUUGUUUUUAUUUCUUUUGGAAUCAACAGGGAAGCGCAAAGUAUAAAGCUGCUACUAACAGUCACACCUUUCUCUUUCUAUUAUAAAUAUAUGUAUAUCUCAUUCUCUCUCUAUCCAUCUACAAUAAUAAAACGUAGAUAGAUAGAAAGAAAUGCACAAAAAUAUAAAUAUAUAAAUAUAAAUAUACAUGUAUCAGUUCUUCCAUGACUUGGAUUUAUUGAAGUAGUAUGGGGAAAAUCCAAAUUGGUACAUUCAGACAAUACAAUACUUCUAUACAUCUCUGCAUUUCAAGGUUUGCUUUUGAGGGUUUUGUGUUUAUUUUAUCUUUUGCUUUUGCUUUCUUUUCAAUUUCCUAGGGGAAAUGAGGAAUGCACAUCAGUGAUACUUGAAAGUCAGUCUUACCCAAAAAUAAUGGGUAGAAAUCAUGUGCACACACGUCACUCACCACCCAUGCACAUUAAAGCCACAGUUUCAUCCACUGUUACUAGAAGAGAAGUCCCUUUAACUCAGUGGGGCUUACUUCUAAAUCAACCUGCUUAGGGAUUGCAUCGCAUAUCACAUAGCUCACAUUGAGAUUUCAUAUUUGGAUCAUUUUAGUGCAAUAGCUACCACACUAAAUAUAGGAAGUAUGCAUACGAAGAAGGUCAGGACAUAUCCCUAACCUAAGGAAAAUGCUGUAAUAGUUGUCAAGGGUUUUAAAAUGUAUCCACUAAUAGAAUUGUCUGCAAUAUAGAAUAAGACAUUUGGAAUGAUGACAUAUAAUGGGGCAAAGCCAAACAUGUUGCUCUGUUAGGUCAGAAUAUUUUAUGGCAUACAACACCAGUUAGAAAUGCUGUUUUCAAUUUUAAUUUUUGCAUUUAGAGUGCCUUAUAUUUGAUGCCUAUUUUGAUAGCAUUGCUUCAUUUUUGUCUCUGUUCGCUUCAACAGGAUUUCUGUGAUUUCCCACCCACCCCUUUCAAUUAAAACAUUCUCUUUCCAGCAUAUGUACAAUGAACUUUUUUUGACAAUAUUCAUUCCUGGUAUUUACCCAAGUGUUCGCUAUCGGUAAUUUUUUAUUCAACGCAGAGGGUAGACAGGCACCCUGUAGCCACAGGCAAACUAUUUCAAAAGUGUUUGUUUCCCAAACUGGCAUCCAUAACCAUAGUAAUGUUUUGUUUUGUUUUAUAAAAGAUAGCACUGCUAUUCUGAAAAUAUGAUAGAACACGCCUAAUACUUUAGGAAUGACAAUUUGAAUGGAUUUGGAUCCCUACUCAUGUAUGUGAAUUUCAUUGGAGGCCAAGGCAUGUUCACUUUACUCAGGCUAUGAAGCCUCCUGAGAUCAGCUAAAUUGGACAAGGGGCUUAUGGUGGUAUGACCUAAUGACAGCUGAAGACUUUGAUUGGGCCAGUUGAACAGAAGCCAUUGCUGCUUAUAUUGGGCUAGGUCAAACCUGGCACCAUGUUAGAUCACAAAUAUCAAAGAAAUGUUUUUAGAUGUGUUUCCAUAAAGAAAAACAACCGAGAAUAUACUUACAUUAGCAUUUAUUUUUCCAUGUUUUCCAUCACUACCAGAAAUAAAUAUAUUAAAAGACCAAACACUAGAAAGCAUUCUAUUUGAGCACUUUUAUAUAUAUAUAUUUUAAAAAAAGCCAAUUAAAAAGCGCAAAAAAACAAAUCCACAUACAUAUGUAUAAUAAUUUUUAAAUAAGCAUUAUAGAAGGCUACCUCAGAGUGAGAUUCUUUAAUUCUACAUCAGAAUCCAACAUGAAUGUGUGCACUGCAUGUUUCCUUUUUAUUUGUUUCUCUCAAAAAUGAAAAGGGCCAGAUUACACACUGAACUCACACUUUGAACCAAAAGUAUGGUUUGACAGACCGAUGCAGUUUCAAAUGACGCUAGAAAGGCAUGGCUGCACAAACGCUCUUGGUGAAUUGGCUUAAAUUCAAGCACCAACCUGCAUGUGCCAAAGCAAUAGAAUUCUUCCCCAGAGAGCAGUGCCAUGUGGCAUGGAUCAGUUGGGUCUUGCAACAACUGGGACCCAGAGUAAUUAGUAAUCAUGGGCGUGGCUGCUAGCAAGCAAUGGCACAAGGAUUGGGGGCUUAGGAAGUGACUAAAGUGUGAGUGAGCAUGAGCAAGGCCUACUAGUCUGGGAAAGGGCACAAUUGGUGCACAAGACAGAACUGUGCAAAGCCCCUCCCCCAGCCAGAGCUGCCACCUGCUCCUCGAAUAGGGGCCGUGAGUCUAGGAGGACCCCUGGUUGCACACCAGCUCUAGCUGUGGACACCUUUUGUAGCCAUGCCUUAGGGAGGCUCACUGCAGAUCAGGCCAGCCUUUCUUCAACGAUUGUUUGAUUUAUCAAAGAAGAGUAGAAGCUAAAUCAGUAGGAGGGGCGAGCGCAUCAUGGAAAAGCAGCAAAGUCAUCUUCCUCUCAAAGCUACUAUUCAGGAGUUGUUUCUAAAGAGAUUUCUAUCCAAAUCAUUGAUGUGCAUUCCAUUUGGGUUCCUUUUGCGGUGCAGUGAUUUUUCUUCUCUCAUUUCCUUUUUCUUUCUUAAAUGAGUAGGUCUUGUAAAUGGUCAUUCACCAUAGUCGGAAUUUUGUUUCCUCAGCAUAAUCAGUACGGUGCUAUUAUUUACCUAUGUAUGUGUAGUUAUGUAUAAUUUUGUAAUUAGUUAACAAUGGAGAAAUACACAAACUAUAUAAGAAUUAUUUGUACAGAACUUUUAUUUUAGCUCUUUUUUAAAAAAAAAUGGUUUGCAUGGUUAGCCGUUGGUGAGGAUGGAUGGGCAAGGGAGGGCUUGUCUAGGGUGAUCUGCACUUUCUAUACCUUUGUACUAUGCACUGCCCUAUUGAUUCUACACCCAAUAGUAUUAUUACUUGAACCCAUCUGUAAGAAAACUGAUUAUGAAAUUCCACUUGUGUGUAUGUAAAUAACACAAAAACAAGGUAAAAAAGGGGGAAAGUUUGCAGGUGCAACAACAAAAUGCAGAUUUCCCCCCUUUUUUAUUUUCUCCCCUUUUCUGAUUUUAAUCUUUUAAUUUUUAAGAGCCCUGAUACUCCAAAGGACUAUCAGAAGGCUGAAGGUCCGUCAUCCAUCUUGUUACGUGGCAUUGCCAUUCAGGCUUGGAGUGUCUUUACAAAAAUAAUACAAGUUGUGUUCUCUGCUCUCGUUUUGGAUGCCUAGACUGAAAAAUUACAACAAAAACCUUGUAAAAUGGCUUGUUUAAAAAAAAAAAUACAAUUACCUCUAAUCAGUAGUACGCGUAAAUGUUUUACAGAAUGAAAGGCGUGCUUUUUAUUUUCUUACUUCGUUACGUUAGUGGCGAAAGAAAGUCUGUAUGAAAAUCAGUUCUUUGCUGACACAAGUUCCAUUUGUUACAAAUGAAUUCUAAUAAAAAUGUCAGUGUUACGCA